AUGAAUUUUAUAGAAUUAUUAAUAUUAUUUUUAUCUAUAUUAUUAGCUGUUGCUUUUUUAACUGUUGCUGAACGUAAAACUUUAGGUUAUAUGCAACGUAGAGUUGGUCCUAAUGCAGUUGGUUAUUAUGGAGUUUUAAUGGCUAUAGCUGAUGCAGCUAAAUUAUUAUUAAAAGAAAUUAUUAUCCCUACUCAUGCUGAUAAAUUAAUAUUAUUAUUAAGUCCUAUGAUUGCUUUAAUAUCAGCUUUAUUAUGUUGA